UGCAUAUCCUGUUUCUCUGACUCAGAGGAUGAUGGCUAUCGGGAGAGGAGGUUAGUGGAGCUGCUCCGCAUAGAUGCUCGCGCCGCUGGACAACACUACGAGGAAGAACACAAAACGGCGGAUAUCCAAAGAUGGAGGGGUUUGCUGCGGACAUGCUGAGCGGUGGCCGGGCUCUGCUGGGCGAGGACAGCUCAGUGAUGGCGCGCAUGCAGAAGAAGUUCUGGAAGACCAAGCAGGUCCUCAUCAAAGCUACAGGCAAAAAGGAGGACGAGUAUGUGGUGGCUUCAGAUGCCGACCUGGACGCCAAGCUUGAGUUCUUCCGCUCCGUUCAGCUAACGUGCACAGAGCUGCUGAAGGUGAUCGAAAAGUACCAGCACAGAAUCACACGGUUGUCCCAGGAGGAGAACGAGCUCGGCCUGUUCUUGCGUUUCCAGGCUGAACGUGACCGAACUAAGGCCGGGAACAUGAUGGAGGCCACCAGCAAGGCCCUGUGCACCUCUGCCAAGCAGAGGAUGGCGCUUUGCCCGCCAUUGCAGCGCAUGUAUCAGGAAGUGGAGACGUUCCGACGGCGCGCCAUAGCCGACACGCUGCUGACGGUCAGCCGGAUGGAGAAGACCCGCACGGAGUACAGGGGAGCGCUGCUUUGGAUGAAGGACGUCUCUCAGGAACUGGACCCGGACACCUACAAACAGCUGGAGAAGUUCCGCAAGGUCCAGUCGCAGGUCAGAGGGACUAAGAGCCAGUUUGAGAAGCUGAAGAAUGACGUGUGUCAGAAGGUGGACAUGCUGGGAGCAAGCCGCUGUAACAUGCUGUCUCACUCCCUCUGCACCUACCAGACCACUCUGCUGCAGUUCUGGGAGAAAACGGCCAACGCCAUGUCAGGAAUCCAUGAGGCCUUCCAAGGGCACAUACCGUACCAGUUCACCACAAUCAAGCAUCUACGGGAUCCACUGGAGGAAAUCUCUGAUUCCCAAAAAGAAGAGAAGGACGAAAAGGCCCGACAGAGCAACACAGACAGCCUGGUGUCCUUGGAUGAUGACAAGCCAGCAGAAAGUGCAUCUAAUUCAGACCUUAAGCUCAGCAGUGAUGGGCAGAGUGAGGCUGGUGAAAAUGCCAUGCACGACCUCAGAGGGCUCUCUGGAGACGCCGGCGACGACCUUAUGCUCAUGGCCUGUGGCAUGCCGCCCCCACCAGGCGCCCCCCUGGUCCCGCCUCCUCCUCAGAUCGGCGACCAGAGCGAGAGCUGGAGUUUUGGACGCUUCGAGUCCAGCCUCCCACAGCUGCCCGCCUCGGGUGACAGUUUGCUCUCAGUCGGUCUGCCGAUCCCAUCAGAACCAGGGCUAAUGCUGGAGGAGGAAGAUGGUGAGCGGAGCGACAUGGCUUUCCUGAAGGACCUCCUCAGCCCGGGCCCAGGGGGCAGUGAUGAGUUCAGCAGAGAGUGGCAGGACGCCUUUGGGACGUUCGACCCUCCCAGCGUUCCUGCAGCUGGCACCGGACCCGCCCGUCCCCCUUCCAACCCACCCAGCCCCACAGGCUUCCUGCCGUCACAGCUGCUGGAUCACAGUUUGAGCUCCUCAGGUUGGGUGACCCCCCCCAUGUUCCAAGCUCCACCCCUGCAGCUGCCCCCUGGUCAGAACCAGGCAGCUCCCCGCUCUCAGCCGGCUGCAGCUAACGCAGCUUCAGGAGGAUCCAAAGACAUGUCUGCGUGGUUCAACCUGUUCGCCGACCUCGACCCGCUUUCCAACCCCGACGCCAUCGGACGCUCUGCUGAUGAGCUGCUCAACGCCUGAACCUCUCGGAGCUGCUUCAAUGUACCUUCACUCUCUCUUUGAAAAAACAAAAAUCUGUAUUACUGCAAAUUUUCAUUCCAUCAUAAUUGAGCACAUACACACACUAAUCUCCUUAGAGGCUUGAAACACUGAGCUGAUAAACUCUCAGCUGCUGUAACCGACUUUAAUACCAAGUUAAACACCGAGGCUGCGGUGGUUCGUGUUACCUGAUCAUGACUGCAGCGCCUGGACGUUAGGGAGGGUGUCUGGGCCCCGCCUUUGUUUUGGAUGUUGCCGUGCGCUUUCUGUGUUUGGUUUGUUUGGGCGUGUGUCUGUUUGCUGAGUGUACAUACCCAGAGAUCCAGAAUGGAUAAAAAAAAA